AUAAAUCUCGAAAUAUAAUUCUGAUAUUGUUCCAGAACUUGGACAAACGACAUGAAACAGAAACUAGAACUAAAUAAAAGUGUGAAAUGUGUGCGCGCGCUGGUGUUUCGUGUGUGUGUGUGUGUGUGUGUGUGUGUGUUCAGGUAUUUACGGUAAAACUCUUCACAGCUUCUCCUUGACUCUGCAGGUCCAUGGUCUGUGGAGAGUUUAUAGUGAGAUCCCUCGGAGUUUUAUUCUGAGUCUCUGGUGCAGGUUGUGAAAUGAUGAAGGAGAAGAUUCUACACUUUAAUCUGACUUUAUGGAGAAUCUGUAACUUUAUAAUGUCCGGCUUCUUCUCUCUAGCCGCUUAUGUACAGAUAAACGACCCGGACGCGGGGCUGUGGAUGGUCGGCUACGCUGUUCCCGCUGGCCUCUGCUUUUUCAUCAGCUGUCAUCCACAAAUAACAGAGACUCUGGUGUGGAGGAGAGUCGCUGACCUGCACGUGAUGAUGGCCACGGCGUUUGCUGCUCUGAUUGGAUGGAGUCUGUAUAAACAUGGGGUUACACACAUCUUCCACCAGGAGGAGGGCAGAGAGUUUAGCGGCCUGCUGCUGACGGUGAUGUGGCUGCUCAUGUGUCGACACUCUGGACGUGCUGGUGUUGGAGCUCUGAGACUGUGCACAGCUGUGGCUGUCACGGCGUUCCCCAUCAUCACCUGGAUCUAUUACUACAUCCACAGAGAGCUGAGAGCUGACUGGCCAUCACACUGCACCACCACGCUGUAACACCACUGACCCCACACUGAUCUAUUACUACAUCCACAGAGAGCUGAGAGCUGACUGACCGUCACACUGCAUCACCACGCUGUAACACCACUGACCCCACACUGAUCUAUUACUACAUCCACAGAGAGCUGAGAGCUGACUGACCGUCACACUGCAUCACCACGCUGUAACACCACUGACCCCACACUGAUCUAUUACUACAUCCACAGAGAGCUGAGAGCCGACUGACCGUCAGACUGCACCACCACUGACCCCACACUGAAAUGAAGACCUGCCUGUCUGCUCGACGAUGUCAAUAUUACACGUAUCUUCUUAAACAAAGCAAAUAAAACAUUCCGAUCCUUCUUUUUGUCUUUUUAAAUGUAUAUAAAUCUAAUAUUCUGUGUCAGAGUAUAUAUAAUGCACUUGUAUGAGGAAAAUAAACACUGAGGGAAAAGGUGCAGGUUUUUUGCACUGGAAAAAGAACGAUCACUUGGUAAAAUCCGGC